AUAUACCUACUUUACCACUGGGAUGCCGGAUCCAAGGAUCCCAUUAGCUAUAUCGAUCCCAUGACUAGCCUCAUAUACCAAUCAAUCUUACAGUCUCCUAAUUUUCGAGUGAAGAUGUACUAACUACAUAUCUAAAACCCCUACUAGGAAGAGGAUGGCUGUUUAUGUCACUGCUCCUCCCAAUGGCAAAACCCUUUCCUACUACGCUGCUGGAACUUUUACAACUCAAGCAAUGCCUAUAACGUUACAUCUGUAGUGGCAUAGUAUGCCUACAACAUGGAGGAUGGUGACGACAUGGCCUACGCUACUCCAGGCCACGCUGAAGACCACGAUUUCAUGACAGCUUUUUUCUCAAACCAAGACCAUAAUGCAUGAACAAGGCAAUUGGUGAGACAUAGGGGAUGGGCAAGCACCAAAAAAGGAGAGAAGAAAAUAAAGAAUGGUUUCAUAGUGAAGCCACACAGACUGCUGAUGUGUAGGAAAUGCACAAGUUCAGUGAUGACAAUGCUGGAACAGAUGGUGAAACUUACAUGGAGGAACACUUCAACGACUUUCUUCAACAAGCACAAAAGAAUGAAUUUUCUGAAGAGGAUGGCCCAAAAUUCACCGAAGAGGAUGAGACUGAGGGGAAAGUUUUGAACGGUGACCAGCCAGUGUUUCAGUUUUUUGGCAGUGAGGACGGAGACCUCAUCACAGAAAAUUUCAAUGAGUUCCCUGAAGACGACCUGUUUGCAGAUAUGCAGGACAGUGGGGACCCAGAGUGCGAGGAAUGGAAGAAGAAGAUGAACGAGUCCCAGGCCAAGUUGAAACAGGAAGGGAGGGUGCUUCAGGCUGUGGUCAAUGACACUGAGAAAGAGGUGGAAGUCUACGAAGCCGACCAAGCAAUAGACUGCUCAAUGAAUUGCUCUCUUGUGUGCAUUCCAAGUGACGCUGGCGAAACAUGCGUGGAAACGAAGAAUGGAACAUGUGUAGCCAGGGAGCCCAAGAUUGAAGACUGUGCAAGGAAAAUGCCAGACCCAGAUUGUCAAGCAAAGGAGGCUGAGUGUAAGGGAAAGAAGAGACCUGAGGCUGAUAAAAUGUCUGACCAGGAGAAAAAGCAAGAUAAAAGCCAAUCAGAGUUUAAAAAAUUUGAAAACCAAAUGCUGGAUGUUACAAAAGGCAUACCUGAAAAAUGCAAAACUCUGCGUUUUUAAUGAACGGGUAUGUCAAGUUGAAGUGUAUGAACACAACUAACAUUGUAGAAUAUUAUUAGAAGGUAGAAUGAGUGGAAGUAGAGUGACUUUUAGUAAUUUGCAACGUAAAAACUGCAGUUUUUUUGGACUUGACAUGCUAAGC